AGUUGAAUGGGUGGAAAUGUUCUGCUAACCUUACCGCGGCUUGUUAUUAAUACUGCAUGCAGUAUCUGUGGCACUUUAGAGUGAUAUUCCAACUCCUAGCUCUAUAGAUAGGAGCCAUUGGUAAUAAGGAAGUGAGGAAGUUGAUGGAUUCAUUGAAACCUCGGAAGUAGAGCUUCCACUGGAUGCGAUCUGGUCCAGCGGUUUGAUAGAUAUUUUGACCAGCGGCAGUAUUUCAAUCUUGUCAGAGUCGUAUGUAGGAAACCGCGCCAGAUAUGGAAAUGCAGACGCCACCGCAGGUCGCAGCCAAGCUGUUGAUAAUCACAACCUGCCUUCUAGAUUUGAUUCAAGGCGAAACGACUGAUCCAGCAUCCAACCAAAGUACGUCAACCAGUAUGUCAACCGAAGCGGAUACUGCUACACUGCAGAUGUCUUGCACGAGCAACUGCACAAGCACUGGAAACGAUGCGUGGAGGAUGUUGGCUAUUUCGUCGUCUGCGUUGCUGGCGGCUAGCGUCAUCCUCAACGGAGUCUUUAUCGCUCUCGUUUGUCGAACGCACUCACAACUGAAGAGGACUGUCUCGAGAAAGAUCAGCCUCCUACCAGCUAGCGGUGAUAUCCAGCGUAAGAUGAGCAAGGCGAAGUUGGACGAUGAAGAGAUGAUAGUGCCCGAGGAUGAUGGCGAACAGGACAUAGAACAGUGGUAUGAAGGCACUGAAGAAGGAGACGGUCCAACGCCAGAAAAUCAACAAAUAUAUGACACGAUUCAAAACGCAGAUAAGAAGGCUGACGACGAUACAGGGGACGGCAGUGCAGCACAUGGUUCAUCAAGUGGGGAAGGGCAGGCAGCACGAGGAAAAAAGCCAGAGAGCGAGCUGAUCAAACUAGUGGAGAGGUCUGGUUCUCGCAACAGCGCCAUUAGCGAUUCACUCAGGAUUCGGAUUGCAACCACCCCUCGAUCACCUCUCCGAGAUUCCGUGUACAGGCAGCCGGAUAGCCCGUUGCCCCAGAUAGCAGCCUACGAAGUACCAGUUGAAGCUCUGCGUGGCUCUCUACGUGGCUCAUUCCGAAAUUCAGUCCUGGCACACGACACGGACGACCCCGUACCAGACGAGUUUGGAUCUUCCGAAUCUGAGGCUGGCGACACUUACACAUAUGCGGCAGUGAGUGAGGCACCCAUCUACGACGAUAUCGUUAUCAAAGUGACGGGAGUUGAAGAUCACGGAACAAGCACAAAGAUCUGCGAUGAUGAUAUUCCCGACAUACCCCUUUCCUCCAGUGACGAUGAUGAAAGCGUGCGGGACACGACAGCCGGUGAUACUGAGCAAAACCAUACGCCUGUGUUGUACGACGCUGUCCCAAAUCAAAAGGGUGGUGCGGAGAAUGACGAGGCCGACUCACAGGAAGAGGACAACUAUGACACGCCUGCCAAGGACGAAGAAAACGCCACGGACACGUCGCCCACGAGUGUGGCUCAUGCCGAAGACCAGAAUACGACAAGCGACACAGCUGAUGGUGCUCUACUGUAUUCAGUAAUACCAGCCGGAAAAGACCAGGAAGGUGCACCCAGCAGUGGCACUGUCUCACCAACAGUCGAAACCACCACCAUCAAAGCCAAUCAUCCAAUCGCAGCUGAUCACAGUGAGGAUGCGACGGGGGAACCUGGCACAGCAGGGGAGGACAUAUAUGAAGCGUUGGAAGGUAAUGAUGAGCAGAACGGUACUUACCAGGCGUUAUCCACAGCAAUGUCUUCUGUGGACGAUUACACCAGCUCGAAAAUGGCAGAGGAGCUUGUCGAUCCAGCGAACACGUAUCAGGCAGUUACGCCGUCACGUGCAGGCAGCAUAUACCAGUCACUGGCCAAAUCGAAAGGGCAUAGUGAAGGCCGAGCUGCAGAGGAACUCACCGACCCAACGAACACCUACGAAGCACUCACGCCAUCGAGGGCCGGCAGUGUGUACCAGUCCCUGGCCAAGACUCGCUCCAGCUCACAGCCCGCCUCCAACACGCCUCUCAACGCGUCUGGUCCUUCCGAAUCAGCCCUGAAUCCCUACAUGCUGAUGUCUGAGUAGGUUAUAGUGUACGAUGGUCAACGGUAUGGCGUGGAUUGCACAUUAGUUUGUUGCGUAACGAACUUGAAGCAACCUGCUACCAAUAAUCAAAAUUUGAAAAUACUCGCUUGCCCCCUUUUUAAUGAUUCAUUGAAAUGAUAAGUACAUUUAGCCGAAAUUACGAUGUCCAUACCCUCCAGUUGGUUACCUCUUUGUAGCUUGACAAUAAUGUUAGAGUUUACAAUUGUAAUUAGGUAUGGUGAUGCAGGUCUCGAAGAGUACGUAUCGCAGAUCAGGAAAUGCUGAGUUAAUCAUAGCUGCUUUUCCUUUACGGGCUUUACUUGUUAAUAUUAUGUGUCCAAUUUGUGUUCAUGCACUUUGAGGUAUCAACUUUACGUUCCAUUGUGUAGGUACAGUUCCAACGUACGAAUCCAUGUAAAUUCUUCUUCUGAGAUCCAUAAUGAUCACGGUAUGUUCUACAUUGAUAAUCAAUCACUGUGCACAUAGCUUUGUUGAUUUUCGUUCUAUUAUGUGUUUCGCCAAAGCUGAUGCCUUCGCUAUUCACUGAAUUCAAAAAUGAAAACAUCAUGGCUUAGAUGGUGUUCAAUGCGCAACACGAACACCCAUCAUGAAGAAUUA